CGGGGAUGUAAUCAAACAAAAUCAGUUCAACUCCUAAGUUGACAACAGCAGCUGGUAUCUCAUUCUAGAUUUCCAAAAAUGUUUAAAUACAUUCUAGUCUUGUGUUUGAUUGUUGUGUUAGCUAAUGGCCAACAUGACCAACCUAAACAUCAUCACGGUGAUAACUUACCAGCGGCCCUGAUUAAAGGUUUGGAUCAUGUGAAGAAUCAAGGACAUCACGAUAAUCACGACAGUCAUGGUCACGGGGAUGGACACCAAUCUGGACACCAUGACGAUGGUCAUGGAGAUGGACACCAAUCGGGACACCACAAUGAGGGACAUGGUCAUGAAAACCACAACGAUGGACAUGGUCACCACUCUGAUCACCAUGGCGACAAUCAUGGACACGAUAAUCAUGGCAGCCACGGUCACCACGACGAUGGCCAUGGACAUGGUCAACAAUCUGGACACCAUGACAGCCACGGACAUCAAUCUGGACACAAGGACGAUGGUCAUGGACAUGGUCACCAAUCUGGACACCACGACGAUGGCCAUGGACAUGGUCACCAAUCUGGACAACACGACGAUGGUCAUGGACAAGGUCACCAAUCUGGACAUCACGACGAUGGUCAUGGACAAGGUCACCAAUCUGGACAUCACGACGAUGGCCAUGGACAUGGUCACCAAUCUGGACACCACGACGAUGGUCAUGGACAUGGUCACCAAUCUGGACACCACGACGAUGGCCAUGGACAUGGUCACCAAUCUGGACAUCACGACGAUGGACAAGGUCAUCAAUCUGGACAUCACGAUGAUGGCCAUGGACAUGGUCACCAAUCUGGACAUCACGAUGAUGGUCAUGGACAAGGUCACCAAUCUGGACAUCACGAUGAUGGCCAUGGACAUGGUCACCAAUCUGGACAUCACGACGAUGGUCAUGGACAUGGUCACCAAUCUGGACACCACGAUAAUAACCAAGGUCAUCACUCAGGACAUGAUAAUCAAGGCAGUCAUAGCCACGAUUCUAGUCAUCACGAUGAUGGUCAUGGACAUGGUCACCAAUCCGGACACCACGACGAUGGUCAUGGACACGGCCACCACGACGAUGGCCAUGGACACGGUCACCAAUCUGGACACCACGACGAUGGUCAUGGCCAUGACAAUCAUUAG